AUGAACGAUACUACAAGUCUUGAACCAGAUUACUAUGAGUUUGUUGAAGUUGAUCCUACUGGCAGAUAUGGAAGAUACAAUGAAAUUCUUGGCAAAGGAGCCUCAAAGACUGUUUAUAAAGCCUUUGAUGAGUAUGAAGGAAUUGAGGUAGCUUGGAAUCAGGUGAAGCUUUAUGAUUCCUUGCAGACCCCUGAAGAUCUUGAGAGGCUUUACUGUGAAAUUCAUCUACUCAAGACCUUAAAUCAUGAAAACAUCAUGAAGUUUUAUACUUCUUGGGUUGAUACUGCUAACAGGAACAUCAACUUUGUCACUGAGAUGUUCACCUCUGGUACUUUAAGACAGUAUAGGCUUAAACACAGGAGAGUAAAUAUUAGAGCUGUCAAGCAUUGGUGUAGGCAGAUAUUGAAGGGUCUUCUCUAUCUUCACAGCCAUGACCCCCCUGUAAUCCACAGAGAUCUCAAGUGUGACAACGUUUUUGUUAAUGGUAACCAAGGAGAAGUCAAAAUUGGUGAUCUUGGCCUUGCUGCAAUCCUUAAGAAAUCCCACGCUGCUCGUUGUGUCGGAACACCAGAGUUCAUGGCUCCAGAGGUGUAUGAGGAGGAGUAUAAUGAAUUAGUUGACAUUUAUUCUUUUGGGAUGUGUGUCUUGGAGAUGGUCACCUUUGAGUAUCCAUAUAGCGAAUGCAACCACGCUGCUCAGAUUUACAAGAAAGUUAUAUCUGGGAAAAAACCAGAUGCUUUGUACAAAGUAAAAUAUCCUGAGGUGCGAAAAUUUGUUGAGAAAUGUCUAGCUACUGUGUCCACCAGGCUCUCAGCGAGAGAGCUUUUGAAUGACCCUUUUCUUCAAAUUGAUGAUUCUGGAUGUGAUCUGAGGUCAAUAAAUUAUUGCCAAGGAGAUUUGAAUGAAGUAGGUCCUCUAGCGACACAACCUCUCUAUGGAAUUCAUCAGAGUAACAGCUCUUUGACCAAUGGUUUUACCGAUUAUCUGGGUUAUGAUCUUGAGAAUGAAAUAGAAUACCAUCAACUUGAGCUUGAGACAAGCCCAAUUGAUCUCUUCACCUGUCAAGAGGAUGAGCACUUGGAAAAUGUUGCCAUUGCAAUUAAAGGGAGGCGGAGAGAGGAUGAUGGCAUCUUCUUAAGGCUCAGGAUUGCAGAUGAGGAAGGCCGCAUACGAAACAUCUACUUCCCAUUUGACAUUGAGACUGACACAGCAAUAAGUGUUGCAACUGAAAUGAUUGAUGAGCUUGAUAUUACAGAGCAAGAUGUUUUGAAGAUAGCAGAUAUGAUCGAUGGUGAAAUCUCAACCUUGGUACCAGAAUGGAAGAGGGGACUGGGCAUAGAGGAAAGUCCACAGAGCACGGAUGCAAGUUUCUGUCAGAAUUGUGCUUCACAUGGUCGCCUACUGGAUUAUUUUUCAUCAAAUAGUCCAGGCACCAGGAACCUGCAAGUCCUUCAGUGUUCUAAACCUGGAUGCGCUGCUGUCCAUGGCCGGUUCGAGGAAAUUACAUUUCAAGUCGGAGGGCCUGAGCAAUGUACUAGCAAGGACUGUGCUCCUGUUUCACCAAGCCAAUCUACAGUCAUCAAUUAUACUGACAUUUGGGCUCAGCGAGAUGCACCAAGUUCACAAGGAUCAAGAGAGAUUCAUUGUGAUCAGGGUCCGAGCACAACAAACCAAUCAAUCUUUGAGGAGAAGGAAAGAAUCGUAAACGUGGACAGUCUUAGCGAAUCCAAUGCAAGAAAUUCUACCUGCGAGAACCCUUCAGCACAUUGGGAUGAUUAUGAGAACGAAAUUAGGCAAGAAUUAAGAUGGCUUAAAGCCAAGUAUCAGAUACAGUUAAGGGAGCUCAAAGACCAACAAUUGCGAGUCAAAUCAAAAUCUUCAAGCCUAAGUCCUAAUUCAGAAAACAUGGAGCACCAGAAAGAUAACGUCCCUUCUCUGGCUUCGAUUUUCCCUAAAGCAAAGAGGGACAAAAAUGAGGCUUCCCUGAAGUUUCUUUCCUCUGCAAAGAAUUUUACUUCAUAUUUUUCCACCGAUGCUGAUAAAAGGUGUGUUGUAUCAGCAAAUAGAAAGGUCCCAAAUCAUGAGGCAAUCAACAGGGUCUGCACUCCUGAGCAAAUGGUCACGGCUAAGAGUUUCUAUACAGGCGCUUUGGUUCCACAUUGUCUUCAUCGGGCAACUUCCCUUCCUGUUGAUGCUGUAGAUGUCUAA